AUGUCUACAUCCGGAGACGAACUCCCAUACAAACUCAUCAAUAACAUCCCAGUCCCUCUUUUGCGAUCACGCGACGACUGGCCGAUGUGGAAGGAGUACAUUGAGAAAACUGCCAAGAUUUGUGGCGUUUGGGAAUAUUGUGACCCAGCCAUCGAUGAAGACGAACAUCUAGAACAGAAGGCUACUCUUUCUGAGCCUACGUUUAAUGCAGUUCGCCCAGAUGCAUGUUCAAUCACGGACCUUGAUGAUGCGGAUUUCAAGAAGCUCCGCGCAAUGCGAGAAAAGGCCAUUGACGCCAUCGAGGAGCUUAUUUACGCCUCAGUUUCUGGGAAAUAUAAAAAAUACAUUGAUUUCGAGACUCCAUACUACCAGUUGACGGCGCUCGACAAAUUUGUCAGCAGCCCAUCUGCUGAUGAUAUCAAUGCGAUAUCUUCGGAAUGGCUCGCACUCCAGCAGCUGGGAGAGAAAUCUGAUAUCCAGGAGUAUGUAACUCGCUGGAAAGAGCUCUUCAAGAAAUGCCUCGAUCUUAAGUUGGUGGAUGGCUCUCAAGAUGAAGCUCUGGGAAAGAGUUUGAUGGAUUCUCAGGACCCAGCUACGAUGUGGAAGGCUCUCCAGUUCCAGAGUUGGUUCGUGAAGCCCGAACUCUCGGAAUUUGAUACAGAUGAUACGUAUACUUGGGGCCCAGCACCGGAGCUCAAUAGCGAAUCUGAUGAUAAGAGCCAAAAGGAGGACGAGGACUACGAUGAUUCCUGGACCAGUGAAGCGGUGGAACAUUCAGACGAUGAAGGUGAAGACACGUUUCAAACAUGGGGGCAAUGA